AUGCCAACCAACGCACACUACAAAAGCGACCUAAGUCUCGACGCGCUAGCCGACCUGCAGGUACCCAGCGACCUCAAGAUCUCGCCCGACGGGACAAAAAUCGCCUACGGCUUGCGUGCAUUCCGCGGCAAAACCGAGCAUUCCAAAUCUUCCAUCUGGAUCGCCGACAUCGGCAAAGAAAAAAGCGCCCGCCAAUUCACAUCCGGCCUGUUCAACGACGAGCAGCCGCAAUGGUCCCCCGAUGGUGCAUCGAUUGCAUUCCGGUCCGACCGGGCCCAGCCGGGCAGCGGGUCAGCUGUCUAUGUGAUGUCUCUUGGAGGCGGGGAAGCAUACCCUGUUACUCCGGCUGAGAAUCAGACACACAUUGAGAAGUUUGAGUGGAGUCCCAACGGCCUUUCUAUUGCGUACACCAGCGCAGAUGAGAAGACGGACGAACAGGUCCGCAGGGAGAAGGAGAAGGAUGAUGCAAAAGUUUGGGGCGAAGAGUUGAAGUAUCGUCGUCUGCGUGUGGUGCAUGUCACCACGAAACAGGUCCGGAUUCUUGUCGGCGGCGAGAGAGAUGUCUCUAAUUUCUCGUGGAGUCGGGAUGGGCAACGGAUUGCUUAUGUGCAGCAUCGCGAUCCGGAUAUCAAUUCGGCGGGCUUUUAUGGCGCUGAUAUAUGCAGUGUCUCUCUCUCGACGGAGAAGUCGUCCACCAUCACCCACUUUCCGGGACCGAUUUAUCGUUUUGCGUGGGGGGAUGCCGGGAUCUAUUUUGUCGCGGGGUUUAUUUCGACUCACUGUUCCACAUCGCGUGUGUUGUACAGAGUCGUCUGUGAGGAGAGUUCUUACAUGCAGCAACUUAAAACCUUGGGUGCGGGUAAUCAUAUUGAUGAAGACCGCCGGCUAGGAGAAGGAUGCUGCGCAUUUGGUCUCGUGAAGAAUCAAUCCUCCCUGGCUAUCCUUGUCCAGAAUGGUCUCGAGGAUGCAAUAUACAUGGUUGAUGUCCAUUGGAGCAACGAGGUAUAUCGCGGAGAACAUGAUAUCGCCACAUUUGAUGUUGCCGAAACAGCGGAAGGUGUUGUUUCUGCCAUCACCAAAUCCGACGGCUCAACCCCCGAAGAAGUCUUUUCCGUCUCACCGUUUGGGGAUCCAAUCCAACUAUCCAAUCACAACUCCGUCCUUGCAGCCCUCAAAGUCUCAACAGCACAAACUAUUUCCGCCAUCGGUUCGGACAACUACCCACUCGACGGAGUGAUGUACCUCCCAUCCCGAUUCAAAGAAGGCGACGCCCCCCUUCCUACAAUCCUCCUCCCCCACGGAGGCCCAUACAGCCGUGUAGGCAUCGGCUUCUCAAUCUGCAACUUCGCCGAGGUUCCACUGCUUGUAUCAGCCGGGUACGGAGUGCUAUGUCCAAACUAUCGCGGGGGUAGUGGACGAGGCCAGAAGCACGCCGCGUAUGCCAGCGGAGGCGUCGGCACUGUCGACUACGAAGACUGCAUCGCCAUUCUCCGCGCGGCAAUUAACGAGGGCCUUGUAGACGCGUCCCGGGUGGCAAUCGGUGGCCAUUCUCAGGGUGGCUUCCUGUCCUAUCUCGCAGUCACUCGUACUGGGUUCCAAUUCCGAGCUGCCCUCUGCAGCGCUGGUGUGACAGAUUGGGAUCUUAUGACUAUGACGAGCGAUGCGUACUGGUUCGAAGCUGAUAUGGCCGGUGGUUCGCCUUGGGAUGUUGACUCUAAUGCUGAGGAGAACGCCACAGAAACCGAAAAAGAGGGUCGACAGUCGAAAACUUGGAUCCGUCAAACAGCUGGUCGACGGGGAAGCGCCCUCUGGCACAUGCGCAACGUCAAGACACCAAUUCUGAUCAUACAUGGUGAGGCCGAUGAGCGCGUGCCUCUCUCGCAGGCUGUUGCUUUCUAUCGUGCCUGCAUCCAUAAUAAUGUUCCCGUGAAGAUGGUUACAUAUCCGCGGGAAGGCCAUAUCUACAUGGAGAGGAAGCAUAUUAUUGAUAUGUGGGCGCGGAUGAAGCAGUUCUAUGAUUUGCAUUUGGGUUGA